AUGGGUGUUUUUGUUUCUUUACUUUCCCUUUCUCAGAGAGCGUGGCUAUUAAAUUUUUUAGCAAUUGAGCUACAUGCUGGUGAUGUUGGUAGCCGCAAUCAUAGAGAUGCUUAUCACACAAUCCUUUCUAACCUUUUUGGACAAGGUACCACUGGAAUUGAUGGAGAUCAGGCCUUAUAUCCAUUUUCAUUGCAAGAUAAUUCUGGAAAUGCUGAUUUUAGAAACGUCAGUAAGAGUAAGGUAUUGGAAUUGCUUGAAAUCAUUCGGUUUAGAUGUCCAGAUUCUACUAAUAAGCCUUCAAGUACUAUGGCUGGUAUGAAGUAUGACUUACUGGCAGAAGACAUACUGGAAAAUCCUGGAAAUUCUGGAAAGGGCGGUGUCUACUAUUAUUCUGAGAGAGGUGACCGCCUGAUUGACCUUGCUUCCUUCCAUGAUAAACUUUGGCAGGUGAGUAAUCUUGGCAAUGAAGUUGAGCUAAACGAUGUAAGAGAGACAAUUCAGCAGUUACUGAGAUGGGGAUGGAAAUACAAUAAAAAUCUUGAGGAGCAAGCUUCAUAA